GUGGAUGGUUGGACUGGGUGAUCCUGUUGGUCUUUUCCAACCUUUGUGAUUCUACGAUUCUAUGACAGAGCAAAAUCUCAGCUACAAAACAGCAUUUCUCAAUAUAGCCACCACCAUUAGCUAUGUACUUUUGCCAGCAACGAGCAAGAGCGUGCAGGUUGCACACAUCAGAAUCUGUACCACUGUGGCCACAUCUGCUGUUUGGCACCAAAAAGCAUUCAGCAAGCGUUGGUGAAUGUCAUUCAUUGCCAUUUUUUCUCUGUGGAGGAAAGAAAUGACAGACCUUUGCAUCAGACACGCUUCCGUAUCAGACGCCAUUUUAUCAACACUGCCCCUCUGCUGCCAUCUAUCAGACAGCAACCAAAGAUAAUGGAGUAUUGUUGGGAAAGUUCAACCGCUAGUGCCAGAUCUCCAGCAUCCACCUCUGACAUCGUGGACCAACAUAAUAAAGCAGGAGGCAUUACUUUCCAAGAAGCCCUCGUACGUGGGAUUUUGAAAUCUCACUUCACAGUCCUCCCUCCGUGCUGUGCAACAACACAGGGACACAGGAGACACAAGCUAGCAUGUAGCUCAAGUGCCGAUGUAAUGCUGCACAACAAGUCGUUAUAUACUGUGACACACGACUGCCCCGCAUACCCGUGACCCGCUAAGCACCACCCAGAACGACCCACUGUACCCAGAGUACGGCCCACAAAAGAUGCAGUGAAAACACACACUUUGUAUUCCUCAAACGCUUCUUGUUUAUUCCUGUUUCAGUUCAUUCCAUUGUGAUAUUCCAUCUCUGGCUUAACCGGUAUUGAUAAGCUUCAGAGAUCUUCGAGCCUGUGAUGUGAAAUGCUUCCUCCGCUAAGUAUUACCGGCAAUUUCUACAGGUAAUAGGAAGCGGGAAGAACUGGUGAUGUUGCAGCGUUAACUUAUUACACCUUUAAGAUAGCGUAAAUCCUUCCAGUUCUUCAGAAGAACAAGGCCUGUGAAGAGAGGUCCUUUCAUCUUUUUUUCAUUUUUCCUUGAUGUCUAGAGUACUUGGGCCUUUCUUUCCCCCAAAAUACGUUCCUCAGCAUCCCAUCUCUCUUCCUUUUUCCAUGUCUUUCACCCCCUGCGAUUGAAUAUUGGAAUCAUUCCAACCUUUACGGUUCUUUACUCAAAUCUGUAGCAGUACUUGACAGUGUGCGCUUCCAAUAGCUCCUAGAGCCUCAGCAGUGUUGAACGGAAAGGUCUGCCUGCUCAGGUGCCCGAGGGUGAGCAGCCUCGCCUCGCGGCAGUCCUCCGGCCGCGGGCAGCGCACCCACUGUGACGCAGGCAACACGUCACAGCAGGGCCUUCUGUGACGCGCACAUGGAAAGCCCGGCGUUACUUGGGUGUUCCGGAGGAUCGCGAUGGGACAGCACGGGAGCAGCGUGGCUCACGGUGGAGCCCCCGGUUCCACCGAUGCCUUUCUCCCAGAAUCCCAGCUCUUAGAUUCCCCGAGGACAGAACUAGAGACAGGCCGAGAGCCGUUCGAGGAGACCGCCUCCGGCGUCGGGCAGCUGGAUGACAAGGAGAAGAAGGACUGUGAGUUCCUCUGGUCCUUCCUCGCCGGCGAGGAGAAGGAGCUGGACGCGAGGAAGCGGUUGCUGGCCUCCGUCCUCACGGUCUGCAGGCUGCGGCUGGAGGGGAGGUACCUGCCCGACGGCAAGCUGGAACCACAGCACGAGGCGCUAGUGCGAAAGAAGUUGCCCAGCUACCGGUGCCCAGUGAUGUCCCUGGGCAGGCACGCCGUGCUCGCCAUCACUGCAAGGAGCAAUGAGGACAUAGCCCGGGUCGGACAGCACCUCAGACGCUGCAUUACCUACAUCUGCUCUCUCGCUGAAAUGCAGGAGCACGACAGCUUUGACGCUCCCCUCCAUGAGCAGAUGCUGCAAUCUCUGGACAGAGUGCUGCAAGUGAGGCUGUGUCUUUCGCCAGGCUUCGCCAACGUGGAGAUCAUCUUGCAGGCUCUGCUGCCCUGCACCAAGUCCAACAGGGUGAGAGUGCGCCGCUGUGCCGUGGAGAGGAUUGUCAGCCUGAGGAACCUCAUGGGCCCUGCUUUUCUGAUGGGGAGCUCGUCUCAAAACAGUGAAAGCAUGGCUGACAUUCGCCUCUUAAAAGAAAUGCCUGAUACGCUCAUGGGGCAGCUGUUGGGGCACCUCAUCCUAUGCUGUGCCGAGGAGGACGAGGACAUCAGGUGUGAGUCCACAGAGACUGUGCAAGCCAUCCACAGCAUCCUGGCAGCACGACUGGGUUACAAGUUUGGAAGUGCCAAUCCCAACCUAUACGUGGAGGAUGGACACUGGGGCCAUUUCUGCGCCCCGUAUGCUGCCUGGAAUACACUGUUAGUGGGCAGCUGGCUCCGCCCCACUGAGAGGGGGAACUUCAUCCUAACCGUCCUGGAGGGCAUGAUCCAGCCGAGGGUCUCUGACACCAAGGUGGUUGCCAGCGCGUUGGAUGCAGUCCUGAGAGAGGAGGGCUCUCAGCUCUCAAACGUGCCAGAGAUUGUGCAGAGCAUCUGUGACAACCUCACAUCAGACAGCAACGCGUUGCUUCGGGACAUCAUGAUCAAGACCCUUUUGAAGAUCACGCGCUUGGACCCGCAGCGUGUGGUCAGGACCAUGCUGCGUGAUAUCUCGUGGUGCAACACGUCUCUCACAGUCAUGUGGCAGGCGAUUGUCUCCGAAUCCAGCCUUGCACAGGUCGUGGUGAAGAACCUGUUGCUGGAACAGCCAGAGCCAAGCCACAGUGACCUUCACCAGGGCUACAGCUGCAACCAUAACCUGGCUAUAAGCCACGCCAUGCACACGAUCCUGCAUCUGCCGUCCAGUGAAGAGUGUGUACGGUUGUUUAUGCGCAAGCUGUACAGGACAGUGCUCCUCAAGAUCUUCUUCAUCCUGCAGUGCUCACAGCGUGGCUGCUUCAACUUGAGAGACAGUGAUACGGAGGAGAACAUGUUGCCUGUGAAAGAAAUCAGGAAUGCGGUGGAGUGCAUGAGAGCAAUUUUCCGACACCGGAUGGGUGACAGUUUGGUGGAGGACAUCGAGAGGCAGGGUGGCUGGGACAUGCUUAUGAGCCUUGAGACCUACCACACAGGCGUGGCUGUGCUGACCAGGGCACUGCAAAACACUGGGCCGCUCUGCUGUGCUGCGGUGUUUGAAGAAACAGUCGUAGCUCUCAUCGUGAGACAGGAGCACGAGAUCGGGACCAUGGCUGUGUUCGUUGAGCUGCUGGACUGCGUGAAGGUCGCCACCAUCAUGGAGCGCAUUGGCAGCACGAGCAUCCUGAGCUUCCUCCCAUCGUAUCUGCAGAGUCAGAACUCGGUGCUGCGUGACUUGGCUACCACCAGCCUGGUCAAGCUGUCUGCAAUACCCACAAUGGCAGUAAUUCUGCAAGACCUGCUGCCAGAGAUCAUGCAGCAACUGCAGGAUGCCGACAGCAACAUCGGUGCAAAGGCCAUGACUGUCCUCCAUAAUUUGCUGCGCGUGACAGACCGGCAGAAGGCGGUACCCAUUGCGCUGCAGCUGCCUAAGCUACUGCUGCCCUUCUUCUUAAAUGAGUCCAGCCACGUGAGGCAGCUCUCCAUCCUUCUCUGUAAGGAUGCCAUGGAGGUUGCAGGGCACACCCGCAGAGCAGAGAUGAAGAAGGAAGUGCGCAACAUCCUCCUGCCUCUCUUCUUCCACAUGCACGACCAGGACCAGAGCGUGGCUCAGGCCUCUUGGGAAGCCCUUCUUUGCGCGGCCAAGCUGCUGAAGCGCAAACACCUCAGGUACCUGCUGAAGACAGCGCAGACGCAGAGGAUUGGCGAGUGCCUGCUGAUGGGUCACGGCAGCAGAGCGGACCAGUUCCUGGAGCAGAGCCUGUCCUACCUGCGGAGCCCCCAGGAGCCCCUGCAAGAGGCGGCCGUCAGGUUCAUUGGGCUUGCCGGGCAGCACUUGAGAGAUGGCCGUGAGGAGAAGCUGAACAACGCCAUCGAGGCCCUGAGAAGUUUGGAGCGUACCGGCAGCUCCUCCGCUUCCACCCUGGUGGCUGAAACCAUCCAGCUCCUGAGAACACUCCUUGGAGUCAGCCCUCUUCGCUACCGGCUCAGCAGCAUGUGGGAGAGGAGGCUGCACUCCCUAAGAGCUGGCUGGUUGCGCUGCUGCAGCUGUGCUCAGGGCUGACCCCAGCUCCAGCCCUGUGGCCCUGCGCACCCCUUCGCGUUAUCCUUGCUGGCCCCUCUGCUGGGCUUCCCUGAAAGACACAGCCCUCUCGCUUCACCGCGCUGUGACUGAAAGAAACCAGUGCACCAUCAUCUUCACUCACAACUGGAUCACAGAAUCAUGGAAUCGUAGACUCACUCAGGUUGGAAAAGACCUUGAAGAUCAUCGAGUCCAGCCAUGACCUAACCAUCCUAACCUAACCAUCGUGUCCCCGAGCACGACAUCCAAACGGCUUUUAAACACAUCCAGGGAUGCUGACUCAACCACUUCCCUGGGGAGCCUAUUCCAGCACUCAACAACCCUUGCUGUGAAGACGUGUUUCCUGAUGUCCAACCUAAGCUCCCCCUGGCGCGACUUGAGGCCCUUUACAAGCCUUGUUGCCCUUCUUUAAACCUACAAGAGGGAAGCUUUUGUAUUUACUGUAUUAACAUCUAUUUAUUGAUACAGAAUAAACAUCUUCUGUAUUAUUGA